AUGUCAAUGGCAAAAGAAGAUUUAGCAAAAGAUAAUGAAAAACGUUCAUGUGAAUUAGCUACUGAUUUUACUCAUUUACAAUUACAACCAAUACAUAAAAUCAUGACAUUAAAAUUUGCACUUAAUCAAGCAUUGGGAAUUAAUUUCUCAGGUCUACUAACACGGAAAGAAUUAAGUGUACAUGGAAAGAAUCCAAGUGAUGAACAUCCAUUAAAUUAUGAUGAAUAUAAUCCAUUUAAUAUUUGUGCAGCAUCCAAUGUACCACAUUUAUCGGUAAGAAAUUUAAAAAUGAAAUCGAAUUUAAUUCAAAGUAAUCUUUAAGUCUUGUUUAGUGAAAAUCCAUUAUCCGGUGCAGCCCAUUUAUCGGAAUUUAUAGGACAAUUAUGUCGGGUUACAAAAGCAACUGAAAUUGGAAUUCUAAUUCUAUUAUCAUUAUUAUUAACUUUUAUUGCAUAUAUUUAUCAUUUUGAAAAAGUAACUUAUCAUUAGAACGUUUUUCUCUUAUUUCAAGAUAAAGAAAUCCGUUUCUAAAACGAGAAUUUAGAAUCAAUCCAUGUGUUUGAAAUAAGU